UGAUCUGGUACGAUACACUGGACGUUUAACACAUAAAAGAUAUUUAUAUUCCAGGUGAUUUGUGAUCCUUUGAUAAAACAAUCCGGAGCGCACAAAUAUCGCUCAGUUGUAACAAGUUUUUAGAUCGGUGUCUGAUAUUUUGAUCGAGCCCCGGUUGUAGAGCGGUCGUGUCAACUCUCUGGCUAAGCUGCAAGAAUACUUAUUUAAAAUCAAACAGUGCUAAUGUGCGUAUGAACUGGAAUACAAUAACUUCACGGUAGUAAAAGUGAUAGUGUACACAUAACUGUGCAAUUGAAUUUACCCAUAAUAUAAACGGGAUUUUAUUCGCGUGUGUUGAUUUGUUUUUAAAAUCGCGAAAAUGACUAUACAGUCCGUGAGACCUACCUCAAUAACAAAAUGGGUGUCGACGCAAUGGAAAGGGAUCAUUGCAGAGUUUACAGCGACCAUGUUCUUGAUAACGUUCGGUUGCAUGUCAACUAUACCGAUAACCGGGUUGCUCGGCGGCAAUCCUCCUAUGUACGCGGCGCUUACAUUUGGUAUGACCGUCAUGUUCAACAUUCAAAUAUUUGGACAUCUAUCAGGGGCGUACAUGAAUCCAUUUGUGACUGUUGCAGCUGUGUUAUUUGGAAAAAUAUCGGUGUGUGUCGGAGUAGCGUACAUUAUAGCCGAAAUAGUGGGAGCAACUCUUGGAUAUGGAAUUCUAAUCGGUGUUGCACCAAUCGAUGUAGCAGGUGAAGGUUUAUGUGUUACACUACCACAUCCGAAUAUAAACGAAUGGCAAGCUUUAGGGAUAGAGAUGGUACUGUCAGCAGCCCUGUCCUUAGUUAAUUGUGCCGUUUGGGAUCCAGUGAAUGAAACUCGUCAGGAUUCGGUACCGUUGAAGUUUGCUCUAACUAUAGCUGGUUUAUCUUUUGCGGGAGGUCCUCUAACUGGUGCCAGCAUGAAUCCAGCUAGGUCGUUUGGACCAGCUCUUUGGUCCAACAGAUGGGAUAUUCACUGGGUAUACUGGGUAGGUCCGUUCGUCGGUGGUAUUAUCCCUGCAGUAUUUUAUAAGUAUGUAUGGUUACAGAAAGUUGAAUCAAAAUUGCCUUGAUUUGUACACUAAAUCAUAUCAUCAUCGUAUGAAGUACAGAAAAUGUAAUAAUUAAAUUUCUUACGCUUUUAAAAUGCGUAAGUGAAUUAUGCUCGCAAAAAAACUUUUAAUAACUUAAAUAAAACCCUACUUCAUAAAAUACAAUUGCAAAUUAAAAUUAUUUAAUUUUGUAAAUUUAUUAUUGUACAAGGGCG